UCGAGUCAGGCUCUCGGGGGCGACCUUGGCGCGCGGGUCUUGCCGCAAGGGGGGGACACGUGGCGCUUUGUGGUUGCUCCAUUUUAUGCCGUUCAUCAGAUGGUUAGUUGGCAGGGCAAAGAUUUACGAGCUUGGGAGGCUAUCGUCGACUAGAGCUAUGGAGAUGGUCAACCGUUACUAUUAGCUCCGCCGUAAAACUGGUGUUCAUGUUUAAUUCAUGAUUCCAGUCUGACAUCAAGCCUCGACUCGAAAGCCUUUCACCCUCCGCAUUCAAUGCUGGAGCCUGCAUUCAUCAAUGUCAUCGAUGAUUUCGUUGUUCAAUAGUUUCUGUGCAGGACAGUGAAUUGCUCUCCGCCCAAAAGUUUGUUAGCAGCACUAGCACUGUGUAGCUGCUGAGCAAUUGCAUUCAGACGAGCAAUCCUUUUCUGACCCGCUGAAGUCUUGCCCAAUGUAGAUUGGGAGCUGGGUUUUCUCGAUGAUGCUAAUGUAACAAUCCAAUUCCUUUCUUCAAGCAUUCCACGCCACUCUGUUUGCCAUAGCACUCUGAUGGCAGCUUCCGAUAUAGUCCUGAUCGCCUCAGCUGUUGAAUCAAACAUCAGCGUUUGGGACCUGAAUCUGGGAACGGAACUUGGUUCAUUCAAAACCUCAUCAAGUGGAAGAGGCGGGUUGACUCUUGUUGGGGACGAUCACUUUGCCGCCAGCCAAUUGCAGAAAGGGGGGGCUAUCUUCUCCUGGACCUGGCAAAAGAAUGGCAUCGAGCACAAGAGUUAUCCGGUAGAGCAGAUCACGCCCCUCGCCAGCUCCCCGGAUGGAAAUCUCAUCGCGGGGGGGGGCGCCUCCGGCAGGCUGUAUCUGUGGGAAGUAUCAACGGGGAAGUUGCUGCGGUCAUGGCCGGGCCACUACAAAACGGUCACGUGCCUCACCUUCUCGGAUGAUGGCUCGCUGCUGUUCUCGGGGGGCGAGGAUGGGAUCGUCAGCGUUUGGCCGCUGGUGAAAGUCCUGAGCGGUGCUGACCUCAGCGGUGACGCUUCCCAGCGGCCACUGUACAGCUGGUCAGAGCACACGCUGCCGGUAACCGGGCUGUGGACUGGAGCGGGGGGCGCUUCCGCGGUCCUGCUUUCGUCGUCCCUGGAUCACACAGUCAAGAUCUGGAGCGUCGCUCUCGGUUCCCUCCUCCGUUCCGUCGUCUUCCCGACCGCCCUCUACUCCAUCACCGCGGAUUCCGCCGAGUACUUCCUCUACGCCGGCGGCAGCGACGGUCGAAUCUUCGCGCUCUCGUUGCAAGGCAGCGGCUCGUUCGACGACGAAACCGGGGCCGACGGCGUGCUGAUGGGGCACUCCUUGGCGGUGACGUCACUCGCGGUGUCGUCGGACGGCGCGACGCUGGUGUCCGGGUCCGAGGACGGGACCGCGCGGGCGUGGGAUGUGAAUGGGCGCCAGCAGCUGCGGACGCUGCAGCACGGCAAAGGCCCGGUGACGAACGUGCUCGUUCUGCUCAAGCCCCCAAACCUCUUCUCGGCCGACAACCGGAAGCGGCCCCUGCACCCCUUUGCCGCGCUCCGAAAGUACCCCGGGGCUGAUCAGACCACCCCGGGCGAUUCGCCGUGGGAAGGCCCGCUGGUCAUCCUGCCCGGUUCGGAACCCCGACCGGAGGCUGGGAGCUACGGGACUCGAGCGCUAGCCCGCCUGGCGGCCAGUAUGCAGCAAAACCAGGCUCUCGUGACGGCACAUGAAGAGCGCAGCCGGCUCCUCUCUCAGGUCGAGGAGAGCAAUAGGAAGGCCGCCGAGUGGCAGGCACUUCAUAAAGAGCUCUACAUGUUCGCAGUGAACGAUUUGAUAGACAAGAAGGACAAGGAGCCCGGCGUCGGAUGAUAUGGCGGCGCCGUUGCUAGGAAAUUCAGCUACAUGCUGAUACGUCUUUACUCGUUCUAGGCCUUAUUUUUGAUCAGAGAACAUUGCUACUUUGGGCUGAUCAAUCUAUGUCGCGGCUGUCCGGCCAUGCUGCGCUAGCAGGAGUUGGCACA